AUGGAUCAAACAAAUGGAACAUUAUUGGAACACUUUGUUCUUAAAGGAUUUCCUGGUAAUCAUGUACUACAGAAAAUCAUAUUUGUAGCACUGUUGGUGGCCUACCUUAUUACAAUGGCUGGAAACCUCCUAAUAAUUGUUAUCGUUUAUAGUGAUCAUCGUCUUCACUCUCCUAUGUACUUAUUCCUAGUGUGCUUGUCAUUUACUGACCUACUUAUGGUUUCCUUUGUGAUUCCUAAGUUGCUAGCAGUCCUUGUUGAAGAAAAGACUAUUUCUAAAAUGGGUUGCUUCAUACAAUCCUAUUUAUAUUACUUUAUAACCACUGCAGAUAUCCUAAUUUUAACUGUAAUGUCCAUAGAUCGUUUUGUGGCUAUCUGUUACCCCCUCAGAUAUUCCUAUAUUAUGAGGAAUAGUAUUUGUAUAAAACUAGUAAUUGGUUGCUUCAUUACUCCAUUUUUACUUCUUUUGUACCCCACAGUAACUAUACCUAAUUUUCCAUUUUGUGGCCAUGUGGUGUUGGACCAUUUCUUUUGUGACAGUGCUGCCAUGCUGAGCUUGGUCUGUGUAGACACCCGCUUGAUCAAACUAGCUACAAUUAUCAAUUCUGUAUUUAUCCUAAUUAUACCUUUAAUAAUUACAUCAAUCUCAUAUAUUUUUAUUGUAUCAACAGUUAUAAAAAUGCGAUCAACUAAGGGCCAUCAUAAAACCUUUUCUACAUGUGUUUCUCAUCUAACUAUGGUUUGUAUAGUGUUCGGUAGUGCUAUAUUCAUUGAAGUAAGGGCUUCAAAAUGCUAUUCAGUAGAAACAGACAAAACAGUUAAUUUUGUAAGCACCAUUCUGGGCCCAUUGCUUAACCCAUUUAUUUAUACAUUAAGAAACAAGAAAGUGAAAGACUGCCUCAGAGACAAAGAAAAAUGGAAGGAGUUACUAACACAUUAG